AUGACACGUUUUGAUUCCCAGGGUGGCUAUGCGGCUAAUGGAGAAUUUCAGGUCAUUCUUCUCUCCUUCUUAGUCGAGAUUGUUAAGGGCGAAGGCAACCAACCCGUGCUAAACUUCGCCAACCAGGGCGACAAAUGCUCAAAGUUUCCUGGGACAGAGCUCUUCAAGUGUCCAGAAAUAGAACAAACCACCCUGCCCCUAUACCACCUUUCACGGCGGUCUAAUAAUUCCCGCAGAGAAGACAUCCAAACCUGCCAAACAAAGCAUAACAAAACUAUUCUUCUCUCUAUCGGCGGCGCCACGUACUCUGAAGGCGGCUUCAUCUCCACCAACAGCGCCGUUUCUACCGCCGACAAGAUAUGGGAGAUGUUUGGCCAUUACACACUAACCUCUACCAUCAACAGGCCAUUCGGCAACGCUUGCGUCGACGGCUUCGACUUCGAUAUCGAAGCCAACUCCCUCAACAUGGACGUCUUCGCCAACAAACUUCGCAAAAACAUGGACGGCGACCAACACUCUAGCCUCACAGCUGGCAAUGAUGGCAGUAUCCGCAGAUUCUACCUUAGCGCUGCGCCGCAAUGUCCCCAGCCCGAUUGGUACACUAAAGACAUUCUCGAGAGGGUCCGGCUAGACAUGGUCUUCGUGCAAUUCUACAACAACUACUGCGGCGUAUCUGCCUUUGUGCAGGACGUUGACGACCCGCAACCAUUGUUCAACCUCAAGGACUGGAACAACUGGGCAAAGCACGACGCAGUUAAUAAGAACGUCAAAGUCUUUGUUGGGGUUCCGGGGAAUGCAAAUGCUGGCAGCGGCUAUGCUUCUCAGGAUAAGCUAGGUGGUGUUGUGAAGUAUAGCACGAGGUUUGACAGUUUUGCGGGGAUCAUGGUUUGGGAUGCAAGCAGUGCUUGGGGUAAUGGGGACUUCAUCAGUGAUGUGAAGAAAUAUUUGAAGGACGGAGGGGGGAAGGGGCAUCGGGUUGCGAGGGGCAGGCUUGGGGGACGGGGUUAA